AUAUUCUUUCUUUAAUGCAUCAACAAUUUCUAAAAUGCAAUUGAUGAUAUGGAAUUCAUUCGAUUUAUCUGAUAAUGAAUUAUCAAGUAAAACAAUAUUAAAUCCUUAUCGUUUAAAUCAAUAUGAACCAUGUAAAGAAAGAGUUUUUACAUUUCGUUAUAAAAGACAUAUAUUUUUGAAUGGUACUGAGAAAUGGGAUAUGAAUUAUCGAUCAGAACUUGGAAUAGGAUCAAAUGCUUUUGGAACUAAUAAAAGUGCUACUGGUGUAAUUCAUUUUAAACCCGAAAGUUUUCAAGUCCAAACCACACGUGAACAUCAAUUAUUUCCUUUAAUGUCAGUAAUAACAAUGUUUAUAAUUCUUUUAGCUGUAUUGUAUACAACUUAUUAUUCUUGGUUAGGUGGCCCAAGUAGAUAUAGAAUAACUGGUUUGGCACAUAUGAUCACAAGAUAUUAUCCUCAACAACAUAUUAAACUUCCUUCAUAUAAUUCAUAUAAUUCAAGGGCUUUAAAACCUAGUGCUGAAGAUAUUUUAAAAGCUUAUUUGGUUGAUGUAGAUAAAUCUAAAUUUGAAAAUAAAUAA